AUGGUCGACUCACAGGAGGAACACCUCUUGGAUGAGCUUCAUCGCAGCGACUCUGGCAGUUCGACACCUGCCGAGCGAAGCGCAACCUCCCUUGUAUCAGACACCACCAUCCGACGUUUACUCUACACCUCCCACUUCCUCUCCACUUGGAACGCUCGCCUCUUCGAGUUCGCCGCGUAUCUGUUUCUUGCCGAGACCUACCCGCACACUCUGCUGCCUGCUUCAGUCUAUGCUCUAGCACGAGCGGCCGCCGCUGCCAUCAUCUCUCCGUUGCUAGGCCAGUAUGUUGACUCCGGUGAGAGACUCAGCGUCAUCCGAUGGUCGAUAGUCUCUCAAAGACUAGCAGUCGGGUCGUCAUGCCUCCUAUUGUUCGCGAUCACACUUGCACCUAUUCUGCAACGCGACUGGCUGUUCUUCCCUCUGGUACUUCCUGUACUCUGUCUACUUGCCGCCAUUGAGAAGCUCGGCUUUGUGCUAAACACUAUAGCGAUUGAGAGGGACUGGGUUGUCGUCAUUGCUGGCAAAGAUGAGUCUUACCUUCGUACAGCCAAUUCGCAGAUGCGCCGCAUCGACCUCUUCUGUAAGCUCGUAGGACCGCUGGUAAUCUCUAUCGUGGAUGCGGCCUCACCACAGGCGGCUAUACUAAUCACGGGUGGCCUGACCGUACUCUCUGUCGCGAUCGAAUAUGUCUCCAUUGCGAGGGUCCAUAAAGCCGUACCUGCGCUUCGAGCUAUCAGGGCCCGAGAACAUCUUCUUCAAGACGCACCGCAGCCGCGUCGAUCUUUCUCGACCGCUUCUUCGACUUAUAUGUCGGGCACGUUGAGCUACUUCCGCCAUCCAGCAUUCUUACCUUCUUUCUCUCUCGCAUUGCUUUACCUCACAGUUCUCUCCUUCUCAGGGCAAAUGAUAACCUACCUACUCUCACUCGGCCUUAGCCCUUGGCUCGUGGGCCUCCUCCGCGGCAUUGCAGCCGUCUUCGAGCUCUCUGCGACAUGGCUCGCUCCCGCACUCAUGCAUCACAUCGGCGCUAUCCGGACAGGAAUAUGGUUCAUCAACUUCGAGGUACUUUGCGUUACGAUCGCAUGUCUAUUCUUCUGGCUGGGACCUCAAACGAUGGUUGCUACUUGUGGAAUAGUAGCGGCUGUGAUGGCCUCCCGCGUAGGCCUCUGGGGCUUCGACCUUAGUGCUCAGAUUAUCAUCCAAGAUGAAGUCGAGCCCGAGGCGCGUGGAACAUUCUCAAGCCAGGAAGCAGGGUAUCAGAACAUCUUUGAGAUGCUUGCGUUCGCCAGCACGAUUGUCUACACCAAGCCAGAGCAAUUCAAGAUACCAGCUACCAUUAGCGCGGGUGCAGUGGCCCUUGCGGGCGCCUUGUACACCAUACUUGUACGGCAGAGGCGUGGUCAUCUGAUCCAUCUUUCCGAAUGCAUGGACGCGCAAAAGAGGAAGCAAGCUGGGCGGAGAGGCGUCGCAGGAUUCGAAAUGGUUCCUCAAGACAGCGCAACUAUUCCUGCCUGA